GAACAAUCUUGAAUAUUUUACUUUAAAAAUAAUUCUGUGACAGUUUCCUUUGGCACUACUGAUCUAUGGUUCAACCCUUCGUUGUCACUUGCUCCAACCGGCCGUAUUUGCCGCAGCAAACGACGAUGUCGUACGGUGGCACAUAUAAAUACAUACGUACAGCCCUGUUGCCGCGACUGCACGCCGAAACCGCGUUCAGUACGGCGACCUAGCGCACGCGCACAUCAAAUAAAAAACAAAAAUUUGAAAAUUACAAUCGUACACCUGAAAAUCGAGCGAUCACUAUGAAUAAUGCUGAGUUAUACCAAAAAAACAAUUCUCUCCAGAAGAGAGACGCUCUAGAUGCAUUAGAAGAAUUCGCAAAAAAAAUUAGAUGGAAGAAACACGGCGACAGAGUAAUAGAUAUUGGUUGUGGAGACGGUGGCAUUACAAUUAAUAUUUUGAAAGAAUAUAUGCCCGAAAAUUUUGAGAGACUCGUGGGGUGUGAUAUCAGCGAGAAUAUGAUAAACUUUGCAAAUAUACAUCACGGCAACGAAAGGACUCAUUUCACUACACUUGAUAUAGAGGGUUUCCUGCCUCUAACUUUGAAGAAUAAAUUCGAUCAUGCCUUUUCAUUUUACGUACUACAUUGGAUCAAGCAUCAAGAAACAGCAUUUACGAAUAUAUACAAUAUGUUAAAUGUUGGCGGGGAUUGUUUAUUGGUUUUUAUUGGAUACCACCCCAUAUAUGAAGCAUACCGGAUACUCGCCCGGAAUAAUAAAUGGAGUUCGUGGUUGCAGGAUGUAGACCGAUUCAUAAGCCCAUACCACGAUUCGCAGGAUCCGGAAAAGGAAAUAAAAAAAAUGAUGGAAGAAAUAGGUUACAUUAACAUUGAGGUCUCGUCCAAGCAAAAGGUUUUUAUUUACAAUAAUCCGGAGAGUUUAAAAAAGGCAGUUCAAGCGAUCAAUCCAUUUAAAAUACCGUUAGAUGUUUUCAAUGAGUACUUUGAAGAUUACAUGGAUGCUUUUCGGCACAUGAUACAAAUCCGGGAAAUAAACAAUAACGAAUCCGAUAUCAUAAAGUUUAGUUACAAUUUAAUUACUGUAUAUGCCACAAAAUAA